CAGCCCCGCCUUCAAGACGGUCUCAGAAGCGCAGAAAAAAAAACCCAAUGAAAUAAAUAAUAAAUUUUAGCUUAAGCUUUCGCCCUUAAAACGAAACGAAACGCACAAAAAACAAGCCAAAUCAUAUCGAAAUAAGUAAUUGUUUAAGUAAUCACAAGGAAUUGGAGAGAACAACAACAGCAAAAGCCAACGCACAAGGAAAAAUAUUACUGUAAGGAAAUCCAUAAUUAUUCCAAGGAGAUACAGGUUCAGAUAUAAUACUGUAUACACGCGGAGGUUCCCAUACGGUGAUAGCACAUAUUGUGUGAGGGAAAAAUGCUCUCCAGUGGGUCUACUCCAUCAACAUCAACUCCUGCAUACCGGAGAAAGCAACAGCAACAGCAGCAGCAGCAGCAGUGUCCGAGUGACCAUUGAUGCCAAGAGCCUGAGUCGGGGAACAAGUGGAAGCAAGUCGUUAGCCCCCGGCUGUGGGAAGGGAGUUCCUGAGCAGCGAGGAAGCGAAAUCCGUUGCCUUGGCGCCUCCGCGCUGCGCGAUGCAAGGGAACAGCAGCCGAUCCACGUUAAGCGCACAAUCCUCGGGCACACCGUCGGCCUCCACGAUAUCCUCGUCGCAGGGAAAGCAACAAGUUGUCGAACUAUCUGGCUAUGUCAUCAUACUCGUCGAGAAUGUGGAGGGGAAGAUUAAACUAUAUGGCUCACCGCCCGAUCGCGAUAAUCUGGAAGUGGGCGAUGAGAUACUCGAGGUUAAUGGCCUUUCCCUGGAGAACAUAUCGCGCACGGAGGUCAUACGCCACAUACACGAUUGCAUCAAAUCCUGUACGAUCUGUUUGCGGGUGCGCAAGAAGAAUGAUUCCCGAUUGGCCUGGGAUAUUGGGAAUUCGGUGCAGGACGCGUUUGUCAUUGCCGUCGAGGAGCACGCCCGGGAGCGACUGCAGCGAUUGGCGGCUCUCAAUCGAGUGACGCCCGUGGACAUAACCCAACUGUCGAAGAAGCUGCAGCAAAGCGGAAAGAGCGGGACAACGACAAGCCAGAAGCCGCAGGACCUCAGUUUCCUGAACGACUCGACGCCCAUCUAUGUGACGUCCUUCACCAGCAACCAGAUCACGUGCUGCAGCUCCACCAUGACAACGGCCACGGCGGGCGGCCCCAUCUCCGCCCCAAUGCUGGCACCCACCACAGCGACCUGCACGAUGCCCACGCCCGCCGUCGAGCAGCAGGCGGCCAGCCAGGGGGCCUCCGCGCUGGUAAGUGCCGCUGUGGCAGCGGCCACCGCCGCCGAUCGCAAUGCCAACAGUACCACCGCAGCGGCCCUCAAGCAGCAGAGGCAGAAGCAGCUUCCGAGCUCCGCGUGCAACACCGCCACAGCGAUCAGCGCCAUCGCGACAAGCAGCUCGACCAGCAGCGCCACCGGACAGAUCUACCAGGCGAGCCAGGCCCAGCAGCAGCAGCUGCAGCAGCUCCAGCAGCAGCUGGCGGCGGCCGCCGCUGCGGGGAAGCCCCUCCAGGCCAAGUCCCUGCUCGCGACCAGCCUCCAGCAUCUGGCCGAGGAGGUGGACAACGAGGACCUCGACGACGACGACGACGACGUGGACGGGGCCAACUAUUGCGGCAUCACCUACAUCUCGUACAACAACAAGCAUGCCCAGCUGCCAACGACGACGCUGCCGGCCAGCACAACGCUCCCGGCGGCGGCGGCCACCCUUGCCACCACGGCGGCGAUCCACCAGCAGCGGCAGCAGCAGACUCACGCCCAAACCCACAACCGCCCUGCCCCACUGCAGCUGUGUGCCAGCGAUGUCCAGUUCGUGGAUGCCGGCACCUCGACGUCGCCCCUGCUGGCCGCCACCAGCAUUGUGACGGCAGCGGACAUCGCCUUGCCGCCGAGCGGCGGCCAUCUCCACGGCACAACGACGCCCAAGACCGAGUACUCGACGGCCAUUUCCAGCGGACAGUUGCAGCAGGCCUUUGCCGAGCUGCAGUUGCAGUACUCCACCAAUAACAACACCUCACAGCAGCACCAGCAGCAGCAGCAGCAGCAGCAGCCACAGACACAGACACAUUUCCAUCAGCAACAUUUAAUUUUAAGCAACAACAAUAAUAGCAAUAAUUCCAUCGCAUCCAGCGGCAUCACGACAUCAGCGGCCACAGCGGCAACGGCGGCAGCCACAGCGGCAUCCGUGAUGAAGAAUUGUGAUCUACUGAUAGCCAACAAUCUGUAUCCACCGAGACGAGAGUUACUAGAUGACGUCAUUGUUCAUCAAUCCAGCGAUGUCCAUGCAUACAACACCAAUGUAGCGACAGCAACAGCGACAGCCAACAGCAGCAACAAUCGAUCCCAGCAGCAGCAGCAGCAGCAAUUGCUGAGUGCCGCCUACGAGCAGCAGCAGCAACAACUCUUGCAACAGCAGCAGCAGCAGCAGCAGCAGCUGCAACACAGUCCCACAAGUAGCAUAUCAAUAGGAAGAACAGAACUUUUAUUGGGUGAUCAGAGUCUGCGGCAGGACUCCAGCAGGAACCGCCGGCGCUCCGGCUCAAGCAUAGUUGUCCUGGACGGUGAUGAUCUGAAGCCAUGUCUCCCGGAUGAUUAUAUAAGUGGACAGCAUCAUCAUUUACAACAGCAACAGCAGCACCAACAGCAUCCACACCAGCAGCAGCAGCAACAGCAACAGCAACAGCAGCAGCAGCACUAUCGCACGCAUUCGAGCGACAUAAGAGAGAUUGACCAGGAAAUGCUGACCAUGCUGUCCGUGAAUCAAGAUAACGGACCACAUCGUGAGAUGGCCGUCGAUUGUCCGGACACGUUCAUAGCGCGCAACAAGACGCCACCCAGAUAUCCGCCACCCCGUCCACCGCAGGUAAGCAACAGAAACCACCAAACAACAGCCACAAACACAACCACACAAGUGGCAGAACAGCAGACGCCAUGCAACAAUAAAAUGCAACAAAAGACAACGAGCAACAGCAGCAACAACAACAGCGGGAGCGGUAGCGGUAGCGGUAACGGCAGCAGCAACAUGACAGAUGACUUCCUCUGCGUGGUGGAUGGCGGCCUCUAUCGCAGCCAGGACUCUGGCUCGCCCACGUCGACAGGCACCUUCGACGAGGUCCUGAGCAAGCAUACCCUGGACUCCUUCGGCAGCAUUGCCUACCGCCACUUGCACCAGCAGCAGCCGCAGCAACAGCAGCAGCAGCAGCAACAGCAAGCGACGAGUAACGGCAACAGCAAUAGCAGCGGAUGUGGAAGUGGAACCACUGCCACGCCCAGCAAGGGGCAAACGCCUGUGGACGAUCAGACCUUGGCCAGCAGCAACACGUGCCACACAAGCAACACAAGCAACAGCAAUUCGCUGAACAGCAGCAACAGCUCCAUGCACACCAGCAACAGCAGCACCAGUCACAUUGCAAGUGCCGCCUCCUCCUCCAGCGGGGACAGCAACGGGAGCAGCUCGACCGUGCCCGAUGACCUAAGCCUUGCCCCACCCGGCUAUGAGCCAGUGGUGGCACUGCUGCCACCCCUGCCACCGAUGACCAAGCACCGGGAGCUGCCCGUCGAUGUGCCUGACAGCUUCAUUGAGAUCGUGAAGACGCCGCCGCGAUAUCCGCCGCCGGCACAUCUCUCCUCGCGCGGAUCGCUGCUCUCCAAUGGCAGUGCCUCCACGGCCCAGACCACGCUCUCCUCGCUGCCUCCUGCCCCUGUUGCCGCUGUGGGGCCUGCCACUGCCGCUGUCGCUGCCACUGCAAGUGCAACUGCAACUGCUGGUGGCGGUGGGAGUGUCAGUGGCAUAGGCGGCGAUGCGAAGCGGGUGUCUGAUGAGCUCAAUGGCAAUGCCAAGCCCGUGCCACCGCCCCGAGAUCAUCUACGGGUGGAGAAGGACGGCCGGCUGGUCAACUGUUCGCCCGCCCCCCAACUGCCGGAUCGUCGGGCAGCUGGCAACGGCAACGGCAGCAGUGGCAGCCACAGUCAACAACACCACCUGCAGCAGUUGCACCACCAACAGCAGCAGCAGCAUCUGCACCACCAGCAGCAGCAGCAGCAGCAGAUCGCCCAGAUUGUGGAGCCCACGCUGGAGCAGCUGGACAGCAUCAAGAAGUACCAGGAGCAACUGCGCCGCCGACGCGAGGAGGAGGAGCGCAUCGCCCAGCAGAAUGAGUUCCUGCGGAACAGUCUGCGCGGCUCUCGCAAGCUGAAGGCGCUCCAGGACUCGGCCACGCCCGGCAAGGCCAUCGCCAUGGCCCAGCAGCAGCAGCCGGCGCCGACGGGACUGGCAGCCAUGCCCAUGCCCGCCGGUGUGGAGAACGAGGCGUAUCUGCCGGAUGAAGAUCAGGCGCAGCCACAGCUGCAGCCGCAGCCAGAGCAGAUCGAUGGCUACGGCGAGCUGAUCGCGGCCCUCACCCGCCUCCAGAGCCAGCUGAGCAAGAGCGGCCUCAGCACGCUGGCCGGACGCGUCUCGGCAGCCCACAGCGUUCUGGCCAGCGCCAGUGUCGCCCACGUGCUGGCCGCCCGUACCGCCGUCCUGCAGCGCCGACGCCCCCGCGUCAGCGGCCCCCUGCACCACAACGCCCUCGGCCUGCAGAAGGACAUCGUGGAGCUGCUCACCCAGUCGAACACCGCGGCGGCCAUCGAGCUGGGCAACCUGCUCACCAGCCACGAGAUGGAGGGCCUCCUGCUAGCCCACGACCGCAUCGCCAACCACACGGACGGCACGCCCUCGCCCACGCCGACGCCCACACCCGCCGGUGGAUUGGGUUCGAUGGGAUCGAUGAGCGGAGCCAGCAGUCCGGUGUCAGCGGCGAAGAGAGCGGCGAUGGCCGGUGGCGUGGUGGUGCCUCCACCGGUGGUUCCGGUCCCGUCAACGCUGGCGCAGCGCGGAGCAAUGCCGCUGCCGCGGGGCGAGUCGCCCCCACCGCCGCCGCUGCCAAUGCCAAUGCCCAUGGCCAUGCCGAUGAGUGCCUGCUUUGGAACGCUCAACGACCAGAACGACAACAUCCGAAUAAUCCAGAUCGAGAAGUCGACGGAGCCGCUGGGCGCCACCGUGCGCAAUGAGGGCGAGGCGGUGGUCAUUGGGCGGAUCGUGCGCGGCGGAGCCGCCGAGAAGUCCGGCCUGCUCCACGAGGGCGACGAGAUCCUGGAGGUGAACGGCCAGGAGCUGCGCGGCAAGACUGUGAACGAGGUGUGCGCCCUGCUCGGUGCGAUGCAGGGCACGCUGACGUUCCUCAUCGUGCCGGCGGGCAGUCCGCCGUCUGGGGGCCUUGGGGGCCUCGGCCUUCCCGGCAGUCUGGCCGGCAGCGGCGGACCCGGCUCGGGGCUGGGGGCACACCGGGACACGGCCGUGCUGCAUGUACGGGCGCACUUCGACUACGACCCGGAGGACGAUUUGUACAUUCCGUGCCGGGAGCUGGGCAUCAGCUUCCAGAAGGGCGAUGUGCUGCACGUGAUCAGCCGCGAGGACCCCAACUGGUGGCAGGCGUACCGCGAGGGCGAGGAGGACCAGACGCUGGCCGGCCUCAUUCCUAGUCAGUCGUUUCAGCACCAGCGCGAGACCAUGAAGCUGGCCAUCGCCGAGGAGGCGGGCCUGGCCCGCUCCCGUGGCAAGGACGGGGCCAGCAGCAAGGGUGCCACCCUGCUCUGUGCUCGCAAGGGCCGCAAAAAGAAGAAGAAGGCCAGCUCCGAGGCAGGCUAUCCCUUGUACGCCACGACGGCGCCGGACGAGACCGAUCCGGAGGAGAUACUCACCUACGAGGAGGUGGCCCUGUACUAUCCGCGGGCCACCCACAAGCGGCCCAUCGUCCUGAUCGGACCGCCCAACAUCGGACGCCACGAGCUGCGCCAGCGCCUGAUGGCGGACUCUGAGCGCUUCUCCGCCGCAGUGCCACUGUUUUAUCUGCUCGAGGAGCGCCUCAAGGAGGCCAAGACCAAGACCAAGGCCAAGGACACAUCACGUGCCCGGAGGGAGGGCGAGGUGCCCGGUGUCGACUAUCACUUCAUCACGCGCCAGGCCUUCGAAGCGGACAUUCUGGCCCGUCGCUUCGUGGAGCACGGGGAGUACGAGAAGGCCUACUACGGCACAUCACUGGAGGCCAUACGAACGGUGGUGGCCAGCGGCAAGAUCUGCGUCCUCAAUCUGCAUCCGCAGAGCCUGAAGCUGCUGCGAGCCUCCGACCUCAAGCCCUAUGUGGUACUGGUGGCGCCCCCCAGCCUCGACAAGCUGCGGCAGAAGAAGCUGCGCAAUGGGGAACCAUUCAAGGAGGAAGAGCUCAAAGACAUCAUUGCCACGGCCAGGGACAUGGAGGCCCGAUGGGGGCAUCUCUUCGACAUGAUCAUCAUCAACAAUGAUACGGAGCGCGCCUACCACCAGCUGCUGGCCGAGAUCAAUUCGCUGGAGCGCGAGCCGCAGUGGGUGCCCGCCCAGUGGGUGCACAACAAUCGGGACGAGUCAUAGGGAUUCACUGGAACCCGGCCCCCCUCCACCAGCAUCCAAUCCCAACUCAAACUGCAAGCGCAACUCCAACUCCUGCCACUCCCGCAGUCUUUGUAAAUACAAAUUUCCAACGAGCCAUCAGCCAUGCCCAGGCCCAGGGUCCAGCUCCAGUCCCUCGGAGAAGUACCGCCCACACUCUGCAUCUACCGACCCCUAUAUCUCUGUAUUGUAUAUCCCCAACCCAUAAAUAUUUAUAUUAUCUGUUUGCAAA